AUGUUAGAAAAUAGUCCUGAUAUGAAACAAUUAAGAGAAUCGAGAAAAGCAAUAUUAAAUGGAUAUUACAGACUACAACAUUUACCAUAUAAUUGUCCACCAAAAUCGAAUCACCUAUUUAGUGGAAAAUGUGGUCAUCUAUGCAGCGUUAUUAAUAAUGAUCUUCUUGAUUUGAUAAUCGAGAAUGCAAAUAAAAUGUCUGUAACAAUGUAUCAGUUGUUAACAACUAGUUACAUGCUAUUUCUACUUAAAUUAAGAGCGUAUGAUGAUAUUCUUAUCGCUGGUAUUCUUGCUAAUCAAUAUCGUCCAGAAAUGCACCAAAUGAUCGGCACAUUUGUCAAUGGUACAUCAUACCGUUUACGUCGUCAGCAAUAG